CAGCAGCUAUUUUCACAGGUCUCGGAUUACAACCCGUUCCUCGAGCCGACCAGGCGGGACAUUGUGAAAAGCUACCACAGACGCGCUCCGGUGGGUGCUGUGGUCGGGUGUGUUCUCGCAGUGGUGCAGUGAAGCGUGUCAAUAGAGAAAUUCCAACGAUCAUAUAAAGGCGUCAGACAGCUUUAGGCACCCACCACCACCAUGCCUGGCCACGUCAAGAAGAGCACGGGUCCCGACCCCGACCCCUCCGAAUUCUUGUUUAUCUCCAUGGAGAUGAAAAUGAAGGACGCCACCAAGCCGUACGAUCCCAAGAAGUCUUGCUGGAUUCCUGAUGAAAAGGAGGGCUUCGUCGAGGGUGAGAUCCAGGGCACCAAGGGAGACUUGAUUACUGUGUACGCCGGCGGUGAGACCAAGAACUUCAAGAAGGACCAAGUUCAGCAAGUGAACCCACCCAAGUACGAGAAAUGCGAGGACAUGUCCAACCUGACCUUCUUGAACGAUCCUUCUGUCCUGUACAACCUGAAGUCUCGCUACGUCAACAAGCUCAUCUACACUUACUCCGGUCUCUUCUGUAUUGUGAUCAACCCUUACAAGCGCUACCCCAUCUACACCAACCGUACGGUCAAGAUCUACCAGGGCAAGAGGCGCAAUGAGGUGCCUCCUCAUCUGUUCGCUAUCUCUGACGGCGCCUACUCUGCUAUGAUGCAAGUUGGUGAGAACCAGUCCAUGUUGAUCACCGGUGAGUCUGGCGCCGGCAAGACUGAGAACACCAAGAAGGUACUCUCCUACUUCGCCAACGUCGGUGCCACCACAGGCAAGAAGAAGGAAGGCGAGAAGGAAAAGCCUAACUUGGAGGACCAGAUCGUCCAGACCAACCCUGUGCUGGAGGCCUUCGGUAACGCCAAGACCGUCCGUAACGACAACUCCUCCCGCUUCGGUAAGUUCAUCCGUAUCCACUUCGGUACUUCUGGCAAGCUGUCUGGUGCUGACAUUGAGGUUUACCUGCUGGAGAAGGCUCGUGUCAUCUCCCAGCAGACCCUUGAGCGAUCCUACCAUAUCUUCUACGAGAUUAUGUCUGACCAGAUUCCCGAAAUCAAACCCUCGUGUCUGCUCAGCAACGAUAUCUACGACUAUCACUACGUGUCUCAGGGCAAGGUUACUGUGCCUUCCAUCGACGACGGCGAGGACAUGCAGUUCUGUCACGAUGCAUUUGAUAUCCUUGGCUUCUCCAAGAGGGAAGUUGAAGAAGUGUACAAAAUCACCGCCAUCGUUAUGCACCUUGGUGAAUGCAAGUUCAAGCAGAGGGGUCGCGAGGAACAGGCCGAACCUGAUGGCACCGAGGCUGGUGAAAAGGUCGCCACUCUUGCCGGUACAGAUGCCGCUGAUCUGUACAGAUGCAUCACCAAGCCCAAGAUCAAGGUCGGCGCUGAAUUCGUGGCCAAGGGUAUGAAUGUUAACCAGUGCAACUACUCGGUGGGCGCCAUGGCCAAGGCUCUGUUUGACCGUCUCUUCAAGUGGCUUGUGAAGAAGUGUAACGAAACUCUUGCUACCGGACAGAAGCGAGCUUAUUUCAUUGGUGUGCUUGACAUUGCCGGCUUUGAGAUUUUCGAGUUCAACGGCUUCGAGCAAAUCUGCAUCAACUUCUGUAACGAGAAGUUGCAGCAGUUUUUCAACCACCACAUGUUCGUGCUGGAGCAGGAAGAGUACAAGAAGGAAGAAAUUGAUUGGGUCUUCGUGGACUUCGGUAUGGAUCUGCAGGCUUGCAUUGAGCUCUUCGAGAAGAAAAUGGGUGUGUUGUCCAUCCUGGAGGAAGAGUCUAUGUUCCCUAAGGCCACCGACAAAUCCUUCGCUGAGAAACUGAACACAAACCAUCUCGGCAAGUCACCUUGCUUCAUCAAGCCUAAGCCAGCAAAGGCUGGUCAGGCUGAAUCCCACUUCGCCAUCGUCCACUACGCCGGCACUGUGAGCUACAACCUCUCUGGCUGGCUGGAGAAGAACAAGGAUCCCCUCAAUGAUACUCUGGUAGAUCUCUUAAAGAAGUCCACAAAUGAACUUCUUGUGUUCCUCUUCGCUGACCAUCCAGGCCAGUCUGGCCCUGCUGAGUCUGGUGGCGGUGGCAAAGGCAAGAAGUCUGGUGGCUUCAAGACUGUAUCUUCCGCUUACAGAGAACAGCUCAAUAACCUGAUGAAGACUCUGAACGCCACUCAGCCUCACUUUAUUCGUUGCAUUGUGCCCAACGAGACCAAGUCUCCUGGUGUCAUCGAUGCUGGUUUGGUUAUGCAUCAGCUGACCUGUAACGGUGUACUUGAGGGUAUCCGUAUCUGUCGUAAAGGUUUCCCCAACAGGAUGAUCUACCAUGACUUCAAGCACAGGUACAUGAUUCUGGCCCCCACCGAGCUGACCACUAUCCCAGAUGAGAAGAAGGCCGCCAAGGCAUGCUUCGAUAAGUCUGGCCUGGAUCCCGAACUGUACCGUCUCGGCAAGACCAAGGUGUUCUUCCGUGCUGGUGUGCUGGGUACCAUGGAGGAGCUGCGUGAUGAAAUGGUCAGCAAGAUCGUUACUUCUCUGCAGUCAUUCGCUCGUGGUUUCAUUUCCCGUAUUGAGUACGGGCGUCUCAUCAAGCAGCGUGAGGCCCUUGUGGUUGUCCAGCGUAACAUCAGGAAGUUCGUCAAACUGAACACAUGGGUAUGGUUCAAGCUGUGGCAGAAGGUCAAGCCUCUCAUCAACCAGCCCCGCCUGGAGGAUGAGAUCCGCAAACUGGAAGAACGUGCCGGCAAGGCCAAGGAACUUCUGGACGCUGAGUUACAGAAGUGCCAGGAUCUGGAGGCAUCCAACGUUGCCCUUGCUGAGGAGAAGAACAAUCUCCUUACCGAAGUGGAGUCCACCAGGGGUAACAUGUCCCACUACAUUGAGCAGCAGUCCAAGCUUACGAGUCAGAAGACCGAACUGGAAGCUCAGCUCGCCGAUGUUACAGAGAGGCUCCAUAAGGAAGAGGAAGCCCGCAACUCACUCUUCCAAAGCAAAAAGAAGGGCGACCAGGAGACUUCUGGCAUCAGGAGGGAUGUUGAAGACAUGGAACUGUCCCUGCAGAAGAUUGAGCAGGAGAAGGCGACAAAGGAUCACCAGAUCCACAAGCUUACCGAGGAAAUUGCUAACCAGGAAGAAAUGAUCGCCAAGUUGAACCGUGAGAAGAAGCAAGUCCAGGAGUCCAGCGGAAAGACCUCCGAGGAUCUCCAGAGCAUUGAAGAAAAGUGCAAGCACUUCAACAAUGUGAAGACCAAGCUGCAGCAGACCCUGGACGAGCUUGAGGAUUCUGUUGAGCGAGAAAAGAAGAAGCGCGCUGAAGUGGAGAAGGCCAAGAGGAAAUUCGAAGGUGAUCUCAAGCUGACCCAGGAGGCAAUUGCUGACCUGGAAAGGAACCAAAAGGAAAUUGAGAGCAACAUUCAGCGUAAGGACAGGGAAUUCACUUCUUACAGCACUAAGCUGGAGGAGGAACAGAGCCAGAUCUCAAAGCUACAAAGGAACAUCCGUGAACAGCAGUCCCACGUUGAAGAGCUGGAAGCCGAAGUUGAACACGAGCGUCAGUCUCGCGCAAAGGCUGAGAAGAGCAAAUCUAAGCUGGAUCGUGAGUUGGUGGAACUGAGGGAGCGCCUGGAGGAAGCCGGAGGAGCCACUGCUGCCCAAAUCGAGCUGAACAAGAAGCGUGAGGCUGAACUGGCGAAGCUCCGCCGCGACCUCGAGGAGACCAACAUCCAGCAGGAGGCUGCUCUUGGCCUGCUCCGCAAGAAGCACAAUGAUGCUGUGGCCGAAAUGUCUGAACAGAUCGACCACCUGAAUAAGAUGAAGGCCAGGACUGAGAAGGAAAAGGAUGCUCUUCGUCGCGAGGGUGAUGAGGCAAAGGCCGCUCUGGAUGGUCUUGCUCGUGAUAAGGCCGCAGCCGAGAAAGCCAUCAAGGGCGCCCAGGGCACACUCAGCGAACUGAACUCUAGGCUGGAUGAGUCUAACAGGUCCCUUAACGACGCUGACGCUGCCAAGAAGAAGUUGGCGGUGGAGAACUCUGAUCUCCUCAGGCAGCUGGAAGAGGCCGAGAACCAGAUCAGCCAGCUGAGCAAGAUCAAGUCCUCUCUCGCCAUGCAACUGGAGGACAACAAGAAGAUGGCUGAGGAAGAGAGCAGGGAACGCGCCUCCCUGCUGGGCAAGUACCGCAACCUGGAGCACGACAUUGAUGGGCUGAGGGAGCAGGUGGAUGCUGAGGCUGAAGCUAAGACUGACGGACAACGCCAGCUGGCUAAGGCUGAAGGCGAAGCCCACAUGUGGCGCUCAAAGUACGAGACUGAGGGUGUGGCCCGUGCCGAAGAACUUGAAGCUGCAAGACUGAAGAUUGCUGCUCGUCUGGAUGAGGCCGAGGCUCAAAUUGAACAGCUUAACGUUAAGAACAUGAAUCUCGAAAAGACCAGAAAUAAGCUGGCUUCUGACUUCGAAAGUGAACAGGCUGCUGCUGAGCGUGCCCAGAGCCUUGCCAUGGCUGCUGAGAAGAGACAGAAGAGCUUCGAAAGGACCAUCAAUGAAUGGAAACAGAAGGUUGACGACCUGGCCGCUGAUCUUGACGCCUCCCAGAAGGAAUGUCGUAACUAUGCUACUGAACUUUUCCGCAGCAAGGCCAUGUACGAAGAGAACCUCCAGCAGCUUGAUGCCGCCCGCCGUGAAAACAAAGCUUUCAGUGAUGAAAUCAAGGACCUCAUGGACCAGAUCACCGAGGGUGCCCGUAACCUUCACGAGAUUGAGAAGAAUGCCAAGCGCCUUGAAAUCGAGAAGGAAGAGCUGCAGGCUGCCCUGGAAGAAGCUGAGUCUGCCCUGGAGGCUGAGGAGAACAAGGUUCUCCGUGGCCAGCUGGAGCUCAGCCAGGUCAGGCAGGAGAUCGACCGUCGCAUCCAGGAGAAGGAGGAAGAAUUCAAUAACACCAGGAAAGUUCACCAACAAGCACUUGACAACAUGCAGACCACCCUGGAGGCUGAGGCCAGAGCCAAGGCCGAGGCACUACGUCUCAAGAAGAAGCUGGAGUCUGACAUUUCUGAGCUUGAAAUUGCCCUUGACCACUCCACAAAGGCUUACAAUGAACUGCAGAGAGGCUACAAGAAGCUUCAGAACGAAUACAAGGACGUUCAGGCUAAGCUGGAGGAAGAGCAGCGUCUUGCCUCUGAGUUCCGCGAACAGUAUGCAGGCGCUGAGCGCCGUGCCAACCAGAUCAACAGUGAGCUGGAAGAGUCUCGCACUCUUCUGGAGCAGUCUGACAGAGGCCGCCGCCAGGCUGAGUCCAACCUUCUCGAGGCUAAUGAUCAAGUCAGUGACCUGAACGCCCAGUACGGUGCUCUUUCUGUUGCCAAGAAGAAGCUUGAGGGAGAAUACCAGGCACUUCAGUCUGACAUUGACGAGAUGGCAAAGGAAGCCAAGAACUCCGAGGAGAAGGCCAAGAAGGCAAUGGUAGACGCCGCCCGUCUGGCUGAUGAACUGCGCGCCGAGCAGGAACACGCCCAGAGCCAGGAGAAGAUGCGCAAGAGUCUGGAAGCAUCCCUCAAAGAAGUGCAGGCCAAGCUUGAAGAAAGCGAGACAUACAUUGCAAAGACAGGCAAGAAGGCUGUGUCCAAACUGGAGACUCGCGUCCGUGAACUCGAGAGUCAAUUUGACGAUGAAGCCCGCCGUCACUCCGACGCCCAGAAGAACCUGAGGAAGUGCGAGAGGCGCAUCAAGGAGCUCACCUUCCAGGCUGAGGAGGACAAGAAGAACCACGAGAGGAUGCAGGACCUUGUCGAUGGCCUUCAACAGAAGAUCAAGACCUACAAGAGGCAGAUCGAGGAGGCUGAGGAGAUCGCCGCCCUCAACCUGGCCAAGUACCGCAAGGCCCAGCAGGAACUCGAGGAACUGCACUGCAUUUAAACUUACGCAAAAUAAUUAACAGUUUAUACAUGAACGUCGGUAAUUUCCUGAUAACAGUAACAUAUAAGAAGUCAAACAUCUUUAGGUGUUUCAUGGGACGAUCUGUUUGCAUACACCUGUAACAAGAGAGAAGCAUGGUAUACAUAUUUUCCACGAGAGGAUGUCCUCUAAAUUUUGAGGGGAAGAACUGGGUUUAUUUCACCUAUUUAAUUGGGUUAUCAUCACAUAAAACUACGACCAACCAAAUUACUCAUUUUUCAUGGAUUUGGGGAUCAUAUUGAUGUGACAUAUAUAAUAAAUACAUCAAAGAAAA